ACAGAAAGGAAGCUGUGCGGAAGAAAAGCGGGCCAAGACUCUACUGGACAAUUCUACUUGCUUUACCGGACAUUGUUUAAACAAUGGAUGCCGAGUCACCUUCACAGGGCUCGGACAAUGGCGAUGCUGACCCCCCCAAACCAGCAACCGGUCCUAAAGUGACACCUGGCUUCCGACACCACUUACCUCAGAUACCUAUGAUGAAUGUGGGCCACAAGAUCGCUCAAAGCAAGGCUAGUGCCAAGCAGGAUGUGAACAGAGCAUUGUCAGACAACCAAUCGUCAGAAACUACAAAACUCCACAUUGAGGGUACAGGCAAGAUUGUGGAGAUAAGUGGCUCUGGGAGACAAGAGGAAAUUUUUACUCCUCCUGAAACCGAGUCCAGUUCUAACUCCUCCCCGGGAGAUGCUAAACCGCAGGCCAAAAAUGGCAGCACAAAAGACAAAUAUGGUGACAUGACGGGAACUCCCAUCAAGCUUCGUAUACGACGGGCCAAUCGUGACGGCGAACUGGACCUAAGUUCAUGCGUAGAUGAGGCGCCACAAAACAAUAGCGUUGUGGAUAAUAGUUUUAGUGAAUCGGGAGCUUGUGAUUUGAACACGGACUCCCCAGGACAGUUGAACAUCAGUUCAAGCACACCAGGUGCACAUAGACGAAGAGGAAAGUCGAAAAAGGGGCGUUAUAGAGGCAGUGCUGUAGGAUGUCCUGCAGUAACCACACUCCUUAAACCCAAAACUAGUGACAAAUCCCCAAAGUGGGUUGUUGGUGACUUGGUGUGGUCUAAAGUGACGGGUCACCCCUGGUGGCCCUGUAUGAUCUCUCCCGACCCAUUUGAAGGCAUCUACACCAAACUCAGGCAAGGAAAAAAUCUAUCUUACCGACUGUACCAUGUGCAAUUUUUUGGGAAUGAGGGUGAAAGAGGCUGGGUGACUGAAACAGGUACUUUGCCUUUUGAAGGGAAACGACAGCUCGAGGACUAUUUCAAAGCCAUGCAGAUGAGAGUAACACACAAACAGAGAGCGCAGUAUAAACUGGAUGUUAGUGCCAGAAGGCGACAUGCUUGGGAGAUAGCUUACAAGAAUGCAGAAGAGGCACUCCCGUUGUCAAAUUCUGAACGAAAACAGAAAUACACCUACGUGUAUGAAUUAGGUCCAUCAAAAGGGAUCAGUGAUGACUUGGAGCCUACGGUGAAUAAGGCCUCUGAAGAAGACACUGGGACUGGCCGAACCAAAACUAAAGCAAAGUUAAAGAAGGCAUUGAUUACGGCACGCACCAGUCGUCUGCAGGGGAAUAGUGGUACGGGAUCUGCCACACCUACCUCAGAGGAGGGUCUGAAUGGUGAUAGUACCUCUAAGAAAGGGCGCAAACGUAAACAACCUCAGUAUGCAGAAAGUGAUAGUGAGGAUGACCAUGACGAUGAACCGUCGCCGCGAAGGAAACGGAAAAAGUUGGACACUUCGGUCUCUGGUGAUGGGGAAGGCUCUGCUAAAAAGUCACACAGGACUCAAAAGGCAGAUGGUUCGUUUGACGUGUUUUGUGAAAAGCAUCGAGACAAUGUGUUAUCUGAUCACCCUGAGUUUGAUGACAAGACUCUGACAGAGUACUUGCAGCAACAGUGGGAAAUGAUGGAUAGUAAGCAGAGAUCGCGCUACCGCUGCAAGUUUGCGGCCAGACCCGAAAGGUCCAGUGAGGAGGCAGAACAACCAAUCAAAGAUGGAAACUCGACAAAGCGUUCAGGGCGUGUCAUCAAACCCUCCCAGAAGAAACUUGAAGCAGAAGAAAUCAAAAAGCUGUCUUCUCCUGGCAAGAAAACUCCAAAUGCCUCAUCUGAGCACACCAAGGAGCGUACUGACCUGCCCCCAUCCUCCCCACAGUCAUCUGACACCCCUAAACGGCUUUCCCCAAGGGCAUCCCCUGAACCAGAGGCUUCUGAUGGGAGAAGCUCAGCAGAUCAGGCAAAGAAGUCGAAGGGAAAUGCUCAGCCCAAACCAGAAGCCAAGAAAAGAAGGCAAUCAAAGAAAACGGCACAGACUACGGAAACAGACUCUGAUUCUGGUGUGGAAACUCUGAUGGAAUCUAGCGUGCUGCCUCCGAUGGAGGAUGGGGAGGAGCGCCCCCUAGCCAUCAGCCGGUUAUCCUCGGCCUACCCCAACAAAAAGGAGAAUGUGUGCUGGAAGUGUGAAAAGGGAGACAACCUGGUGAGCUGUGAAGGGCCAUGCGGAGGAUCAUUCCACACUGAUUGUCUAGGGCUGGAACAUGCUUCCAGCUCUCCAGUGAAGUGCACAGAGUGCACCUCAGGCAUCCACAGUUGCUUCAGCUGUAAGACUAGCUCAGGUGAUAUAGAGCGAUGUGCUGCCCCACACUGCGGUCGCUUCUACCAUGAGGACUGUGUGAAAGGACUGCUAUUCACACGGACUGAAUCUAAAGGCUUUAUCUGUCCUCUGCAUGUGUGUGCUACCUGUGCCACAGACCACCCAAAAAGUAUUAAAGCUUCCAAAGGUCGCAUGUUCCGGUGUGUCCGGUGCCCAGUAGCGUAUCACGUAGGGGAUUUCUGCAUAGCAGCUGGCAGCAAACAUCUCCCAGGAUGUAACAUUAUUUGUAGUAAACAUUUCAAACCUGUCAAAAAAGGACAGGUUAAAAGAGGCCGUUCGCAUCACACCCAUGUCAAUGUUAGCUGGUGCUUUGUCUGCAAUAAUGGUGAGAGUGAGGGAGGAACUCUUUUGUGUUGUGAGUCGUGUCCAGCGGCCUUCCACGAGGAGUGUCUGCGUAUACAGAGGCCAGAAGGGAGCUGGUACUGCUCAGACUGUACCUCUGGAAAACGACCAUUGUACGGGGACAUAAUCUGGAUCAAGCUGGGAAACUAUAGGUGGUGGCCAGGGGAAAUCUGUCACCCCCGAAAUGUGCCUAAAAACAUCCAGGAGUUGAAGCACCAGGUUGGGCAGUUUCCGGUACGCUUCUUCGGCUCGGAUGAGUAUUACUGGAUCCACCAGGGCAGGGUAUUUCUUUUCCAAGAAGGGGACAAGUCUUCCAAGGAGUCAUCGGGCAAUAAGAACUUAGCUGUUGUGUUCAGGAAAGCUAUAGUGCAGGGAAUAAAGGCAUUCAGAAUCUGGAAGGCUGCCAAGGAAAAUAAAGCUCAGCAGGAUGUAGAGAAAAAUGAAAAGAAACCUGCUCCAUUCAAACUUAUAAAGGUCAAUGCGCCAUAUGGCAAUGUCCAGAUCUACAAGCCAGACCUUGCUGAGCUGCCCAGGUGUGAGUGUCGACCAGAUCAAGACAGUCCGUGUGGGCCAGACUCGGAGUGUGUCAACCGCAUGCUGAUGUAUGAAUGUCACCCAGCUGUCUGCCCCGCCGGAGAGAAAUGUAUGAACCAGAGAUUCCAGAAACGAGAGUACCCAAAAUCUACCCCCUUCAGGACAGCAGGAAGAGGGUGGGGACUCAAAACGUUGGUAGAUAUCAAAAAGGGUCAGUUUGUGAACGAGUACGUUGGUGAAUUGGUGGAUGAAGAAGAAUGCAGGAGAAGAAUUGUUAAGGCUCAUGAAGAAAACAUCACCAACUUCUACAUGCUGACAAUUGACAAGAACAGGAUAAUUGAUGCUGGCCCCAAGGGUAACCUGUCUCGAUUCAUGAACCACAGCUGUCAGCCUAACCUUGAGACUCAGAAGUGGACAAUCAACGGAGAAGUCAGGGUUGGACUGUUUGCUGCCCAGGAUAUACCAGCCGAAUCUGAGCUUACUUUCAACUACAACCUGGAUUGUUUGGGUAAUGAGAAGACAGUGUGUGCAUGUGGGGCACCAAUCUGUAGUGGAUUCCUGGGGGUCAGACCAAAGACAUCUGCAGCUGCAGCCAAUGAAAAACGCGCCAAAGAGACAAAGAAGCGAAAAAAGAAGAAACCAAAGACAGAUGUGAAGAAAGAACAUGAUGAUGACUGUUUUCGCUGUGGGGAAGGAGGAGAGCUGGUUAUGUGUGACAAAUCAGCAUGUCCCAAGGCCUAUCAUCUUCAGUGUCUAAAUUUGGCAAAGCCCCCACAUGGAAAAUGGGUGUGUCCAUGGCACCACUGUGAUGAUUGUGGCAAGCCUUCGUCACAACUCUGCUCCGAGUGUCCCAACUCCUUUUGCAAGAGCCACUUGGAUGGUAAGAUCUUCGCUACAGAGGAUGAGAAACUGAUCUGUUGGGAACAUGAAGACCUGUUGUCCAAAAUCACUGUGACAAAAGUUGACCCGUUAGGUGUGAAGGACCAUAUGGAGGCAGACCAGGCCAGUGUGAACGGGGAAUCCACAGUGACUGACUCUGAUAGCCAGAUGUCCGCAGAAGAAAGCGAGAAGUCAUCCACGGAGAAUCCAACAUCUGAACGCACAUCGCUGCCAUCUGAAAGUGCAUCCGAGAAGCAAGCAGCAGUAGGGAAGGUCAGUCGAACUGGGCGCAGGAUCAAACGACCAAGCCUUGAUGUCUUGGAAGUUAACGGACUGAAUGAUGAGAAGAAGACAAAGCAACUGAAGGGCAAAAAAAGAACUGUGAAGACUAAGGUGACAGUUGCCAACGUUUCCCAAAGUGCAGCUAAGAAAAGCAAAGAUGUACAGCAUGGGGUAGUAGAGAACCCAAACAUUGCUGCAGUCAAAGACAGGCCCAUGUUUGAUGAUAGCGAUGAGGAAGGGUUUGGAGGAUUGGUGAUAGAUAUUCCCACAGUAUAGAACCGUGA